GUGAAUGGAGAUUAAUAUUUUAGACUAUUAUCGUUAUUAAUUAAUCAAAAAUUUUAUUGUAUUCUAGUGUUAAAAAAAGUAUUUUAAGUGUUUGGAACUAUUUGUAAUAUCUAGUUUAUAUAUCGUAGAUCUAAGAAUAUAUAUAGUUUUUAAAAUAUAAAAUAUAUUAUAAAAACUGAUCACCAUGGUAAGCUGUAUUGCUUGUGGCAUUUCCCACAAAAAGAGAAAUGAGAUAACAUCUUUUCAUCGGUUUCCCAAGAAUGAAGCUCAAAGGAGAAUGUGGGUUAAUUUUGUUGGAAAAACGGAGAUCAAAAAAUUUUCAUAUUUAUGCUCAAAUCAUUUUACAGAGGAGGAUUUUGACAUGUCAUCUUCAAAAUCAAAGUUGAAGCCUGGUGCCAUUCCUAGUAAAAUUAUUGUUAGACAAAGAUAUAUUAGAAGCAUUAGAAGUAAAAUGAAUAAAAGUGGAAAACGACGUAGUGGACACAUAUAUGCCGUUAAAAAUUCAUUAGACCACACUUACUGUGCAUUUACAGUAAAGGAAAAGUUUGAACAUGACAAACAUCUAAUCAAAGGUCCAAAUAAAUGUGAGAAUACCACCAAUAUGCAGGAAAAUGAAACGUCUGAUAAAGAAAACACUUCAAUCAGUAUUACAAAAGAACAAUUGGAGCAAAGGUGCCGAACUUGCUUUAUUAGAAAUGGAACAAUUAAUGUAUUUACUAAACACCACGGUGGAAUCUUAUUCUGUGAUUUAUUGAAAAAAUUGUCUUUAGCUGAGAUUCAUCAGUUGGAUGGUUUACCACAAAAAAUUUGCGGUUAUUGCUCAAGCUUUAUUAUAAAUGUAUUCGCGUUUAAAAAGGAGAUCGUUAAAUCUUUCAUAAAACUUAAGGCGGCCCGUCGACAGUUAGAUAAUCAAAAUAUACCGGAAUCUCAAUGUGAUGGAAGCGGUAAAUCCAAAGUAUCGAGUAAUAUACAUAAAGUCGUGGAAAACUUCAAAAUACAAGUUUAUGUAGAGGAUGAGGAAGACAAUGAAAGUAAGAAUGAAAUAAUCCAACAAAUUGUUGUAGCACCGAAUCAAGAUAAUAAUAAAAAUAAAAAUAUUAACAAAGACAGUGAAAGUACUAGGAGUGUCUUAAAAGAUAGUCAUUUUGACGGGCCCAAUGCAGAUUCUGGAAGUCAUAAUAAUUUCAGGAGCCUUUUAAAUAAUGUCGGCAAUAUACGGCGAAAAUAUUUGAGAACACGAAAACUUUUAAUGUCACAAAUUUUAAAACGAAUUAAUACUAGUACUAGUGUUCUUUUAGAUCAUAAUUAUAUAAAAAGUGUUGAUCGAAAGAAUUGCAUCACAAAUAAAAAGCGUGGAAAAGAAAAAAAGAAGGUAAAGCUUUGUCCGUGUUCUAAAAAAGGACAAAAGUUUAGAAUAAACAAGUUUUUAAACCGGCAGAUAUGUUUUGAUAAAUAUUCUCAUUGUGAUAAAUACACGUGUACAUAUUGUCAGAGCAAAAAUUCAUUAUGGUUAAAACAUGGGGCCCACAAUAGGGGCAAACAUCGAAACAAACAUUUUUAUACAUAAAACAUUCUGGUGAAAUACUUCUGUGUAAAACAUGUCGGAAGUUUUUUUAAUGGGAAUAUUUAAUCAGUUUUUACUGAUUUAUUAUUCUGAGUAUGAGAAUAGUUAGUUUUCCUCAUAUACAGUAAGCGCCACGCUAGUAGACACACGGGUACCUAAUCUCUAGACGUAUUUGAUGUACUGGGCUAAUCUGGCCGGUUCUCACAUGUGACUCUUAGCCGUUGCUCACAGAUGGCGGAGCAUGGUGUUUAAUUUGUAACUGAUUUCUGCUGUGAAGCACGUGGGAAGCGAAACUAUAUUGUUUUUCCG